GGCGAGUCCAGGCUUGGCACCAGCCCAAUCAAAGGCCAUCUUGGCUCUAUAAGAGGAGCCCAGUCCUCCCAGCUUCACAGCCACUCAGGAAAAAACUAUCCAGCUACCGUGCCUGUCUUCUCACUGUCUCAGCCAGAAACAAGAAAACAUGGGCAGACAUAAAUUGUUUUUGGACAAACUGUCCCGGUCCUGCCAUAUCCGAAACCUGCUGCUUCGCCAGGCCCUGGCAGAGUGUCUGGGCACCCUCAUCCUUGUGAUGUUUGGCUGUGGUGCUGUGGCCCAGCUGGUUUUGAGCGGUGGUUCCCAUGGCAUGUUCUUCACAGUCAACUUUGCAUUCGGCUUCGCUGCCAUGUUAGGCAUCCUGGUCUGUGGCCAGAUAUCAGGUGGCCAUCUGAACCCUGCGGUGACCUUUUCCCUGUGCCUGCUCGGAAGAGAGCGCUGGAGAAAGUUCCCCAUGUACUUCCUCUUUCAGACAAUCGGUGCUUUCUUUGGUGCUGGCAUCAUUUUCAGCAUGUACUUUGAUGCCCUGAUAAAACAUCCUGGAUGUUUCAAUGUGACUGGUACUGAUCCAACAGCUGGGAUCUUUGCUACCUACCCUGGAGAACAUCUCACCCUUCUCAAUGGCUUCUUUGAUCAGAUGAUCGGCACAGCAGCGCUCAUUGUUUGUAUCCUGGCUAUUGUGGAUCCACACAACAACCCCAUCCCCCAAGGGCUGGAGGCCUUCACUGUGGGAUUUGUGGUUCUGGUCAUUGGAUUGUCUAUGGGCUUUAACUCUGGCUAUGCCGUCAAUCCUGCCCGAGACUUCGGACCACGUCUUUUCACCGCUAUGGCUGGGUGGGGCAGCGAAGUUUUCACGGCUGGACAAGGCUGGUUCCUGGUACCCAUUUCUGCCCCAUUCAUUGGAAGCAUCAUCGGUACGAUAAUCUACCAGCUGAUGGUUGGCUUUCAUACGGAGGGAGAAGCACGUGACCAGAAAAUCGCAAUAGACGAGAGUGUCCGACUCACCAAUGUCACCACCAACGAUAAAACCAAAGACAAUGCCAAAGAAAUACACUGAGCGUGCUAGAAAGCUAACGACUCUAACACAUGCACAUUCUGUAAAUACCAACACACAGCAGCAUUUUCCCUUCAAGCCACAACUAUUUUUUACAAACAAUCUUUACAGCUGUUGGGGUAUCCCCCAAGUUAGCUGUGUGUUUGUGAAAACAGGCCAUUAUCUUUACAUUAUAAUGUAAUUGGAUUAUAUUGUAGAACUUCAGAAACCCAGAAUUCCAUUAAUUAUUUUAGGAGAUGUACAUUUGGAUCUUAGAGUCUAUAGCACUCCAGUUUGAACAGUAUUGUAUGCUUUAUACCCAUGUAGUUUUAUAUAACUUUUAUGUUGACAGAUGAACGUCUUUCGCAACCAAUGUUUAUGCAUUGUGUCAGUCCAGAACCUUUCACUGCCUCUCACAUUUAAAUUCGGGGAAAUUGGGAAACAAAGAAUUCAAAAUUCAACGUAAAAGUUCAAAUAUUGCAGAAUAUUUUAUUGUGACAUUCCAUCAACUAGCAAAUUUGAUCAUUUACCCUUUGUGUAGUCUUACAUUGCCAAACCUAUCUCCACAGCGCUGUGAAGUAAAGUCUCGCCCCUCCACAUAUUCUUUGUAAAUCUGUACAAUCAUUCCCUGAAAGAACCAAGCAGGCCUGCCUUAUUGCACGAUGCAAAUUUUCUUCAAAACUUGCCAUUUUCAGCAUGUAGCUUGCCAAGUCGAAGGUUCUGGUUGCUCUUUCUCGAAGCGACCAGAGUUUAGAACGGCAACACAAGGAAAGCGGAAGGUGAUGAGGGGUAUCUGGUGGACUACCCUUUGUAUGAACUAAAAUUAUCAGAGCUUUCUAGCCUUCUAAUUUCAUGCUUGGAAAUAUCUUCUGAUCUCCAUACUCAUAGAUUUCUCACGUGUAGAGGUCAAUUUUCCAUAAGAUUUAGGGGUACACAAUUGGGGAAUGGUUUUUUCUCUACUAGCAAAAAAAGUCCUCUAUUAAAUGUUACAAAAAAUGUAACUGCUGUUUUGUAACUGCUUUUUCCCCAUGUAUUGUUGUCCACAUUCAUACAUCAUCUAAAACUCAUAUUUUCUGUUUUUAUUUUUUAUAUUUUUUUUACUUCAUAUAUUUGUUUAUUACUUUUUCAUCACUAUUAUGUCGUCAUUUUAUGUUCUUUAUGUUCAUUUUGUGUUCUUUAUCAUAUUGUGAAAUUUUAACAUUAUUUAGGUGGAGGCUUCAAAUAAACUCAUAAACUGGGUUUUCUGCCUCUUCCUGCACUGUACAUCAUGUUAUGUUUGUUUCAUUUGUCAUCUUAAAUUGUGCAAAAUAAAAAACUGAACUAAAA